GUGUGUGAUGACAGUACAACAUCCCAUCCCGACAGCCACGAUCAACCGAAUCUCUCAUGGGCCGUCCGCCCUGUCAGUCAUCUCAUCUCUGCACUCUGCUAUAGCUAUAGUACUUAGUAGUAUGAUCGAGCGAGAGCCAGGCAAGACGACACCGCCAUCGCAGCUCCAUUACUCCUCCAGCCAGUACUCCAAUCCCUGCUAGCUGCUGCGUUUCAUGGCGACAUAUAGCAGAGCUAAACCUCGAUGCUUGCGUCCAUCUCAGUGACGCCAGAAGAUCGAGCUGUAGCGGCCAGGCCAAGGCUAGAUCCGCGUCGUACGUCCCAGCUAGGAGAUCGAGAGCGAGGAAGAAGCAAGGGGCCGGAGAUGCGGAGCGGCGGGUGCGCGGUGCAGCAGGAGCUGGCCGGGGACGCCGCGGCCGUGAUGCACCAGGCGGUGAGCCUGGCGCGCCGCCGGGGGCACGCGCAGGUCACGCCGCUGCACGCCGCCAGCGCCAUGCUCGCGGACGCCGGGGGCCUCCUCCGCGCCGCCUGCCUCCGGUCGCGGGCGAGCUCCCACCCGCUCCAGGGCAAGGCGCUCGAGCUCUGCUUCAACGUCGCGCUCAACCGCCUCGCCACGGCGGGGGGCCCGGCGGCCAUGUUCCACCACUUGCACCACGCUGGGGGGCACGGGCACCACCGCGCGCCGGCGCUGUCCAACGCGCUCGCCGCCGCGUUCAAGCGCGCGCAGACGAGCCAGCGCCGGGGAGGCGGAGGAGGGUCCACCUCCGCAGGCUCGGAGGGCCAGCACGCCAGGGUCGAGCUCGAGCAGCUCGUCAUCUCCAUCCUCGACGACCCCGGCGUCAGCCGCGUCUUGCGCGAGGCCGGCUUCUCCAGCGCCGAGGUCAAGGCCAACGUCGAGAAGCAGGCGGUGAUCUCGUCGUCGGAGCAGUCGUCGAACACGGCAAGCAGCGGCGCCAGCGCCUCCCCGAAUCCGCCUAAAGAGGCCAACAAGGAGGCCAGACUAGCAAUCGUCGACGUCGUCGGCGACGCCGCGCGCGUGCUGGACUGCAUGGCGAGCCGCCGGAGCCGAUGCGUGGUGGUCGUCGGCGAGAGCGCGGCCGCCGCGGAGGGAGUGGUGAAGGCGGUGAUGGACAAGGUGAGCAAGGGGGACCUGCAGCUCCAGCACGAGUGCCUCAGGAACGCCCAGCUCGUGCCCUUCUCGGCGGCGUCCUUCCGGCGCUUGCCGAGGGAGGAGGUGGAGGCCAGGGCCGCCGACCUGCGCGCGCUCGUGCGCGAGGGCGCCGCCGCCGGCAAAGGCGUGGUGCUCGUGCUCGAGGACCUCGGCUACGCCGCCGAGGCCUGGAAGACAAUUCUUCGUGACCCCCGCGCGCAUGGCUACUGCCCCGUCGAGCACGCGGUCAUGGAACUCAGCAGCCUGGUGCGCGGCGGCGGCGGCCACGACAUGCUCUGGCUGCUGGGCUUCGGAACCUACGCGUCCUACACGAGCUGCAGGUCGGGACAGCCCUCCCUGGAGGCCGUCCUGGAGCUACACCCCGUCGUCGUGCCGGACGGCAGCCUCGCGUCGUUGACCCUCGCCGGCGACAGUGAGACGAUCACACACUGCGGCGCCGACAUGGCCGUGGCGACGGCGGCGAGCGUCCCCUCGUGGAUUCGCCGCAGCCAACAAGCAGGGCCAGUCCUCACCGGAUCGGAGCUCACACUCAGCUUCACCUCUCCGGCAUCUUCCUCCUUCUACGGCUUUACCCAGCAUUACGACGCCAACAUGAGCUGCGAACCAUGGCAUGAUCGCCACAUCGACCGGCGCCGGCAGCCGUUGCUGAACCACGGGCACGAUGGCCGCCCAAUGGUUGAGCCGUGCGAUCAGCAAUUGCUCCUCGCCAACCCUAAUCCUGGAUCGUCUAACUCGGUGUCUAAUAAAUCUAACUCAUCUGACGCCGCGACGGAGCCUGCUGGAGCUCGCCACCGCCGUCCAAAGUUCACCGAGCUCACCGCGGAGAAUCUCAAGAUCCUGUGCAGCGCACUCGAGGCGCGCGUCUCGCGCCACAGAGAUCUAGCUGCCGGCAUCGCGAGCGCCGUGCUCCAGCGCCGCUCCGGCGUGACAAGGACGACGCGGCCGAGCUCAUCGGCGACGUGGCUGCUCUUCCAAGGGAGGGACGACCACGGCAAGGCGGCCAUGGCCAGGGAGCUCGCCAGGCUUGUCUUUGGCUCCUACGCCGAGUUCACCUGCAUCACCGCUGCAAAGCUAGCCCUGCUAGCUCCCUCCGGCCACUGCCUCAAGAGGCAGAGGUCGCCGGCGGACAACGAGCAGCACGGCUACAUGCAGAGGUUCUACGAGGCCAUCCGCGAGAACCCUCACCGCGUCGUGAUGAUCGACGGCGUCGAGCAUGACUACUCAGAAGCCGCCGGUAUCAAGAACGCCAUGGCAACCGGAACGGUGAGGGGUUGCGGUGGUGAUGCGGUCAGCUUGGAGGACGCCAUCGUAGUGAGCUGUCAAGGGUCCGAGUCGAGGUCUAGGGUUUCCUCCCCUCGGCCCGUGAAGCAACGACGUUUCAUGGGUGAAAUCAUCGUCGACAGCAAGGCGGAAGAUGACGGCGCGGAGAAAGGAGCUGUGCCACGGUAUGGCUUGGAUUUGAAUGCCUGCGCCGCCAUGGACGCAGAAGGGGAGGAAGCAGGGAGUUCUUCGCCUAAUGACGACAUGGAGAUCCUUAAAGAUGCGGAUGGCGUUUUCUUUUUCUAAUAUUAAAGGAAAAAAUGGUUUGAUUAUUAGCUUUGCUUCAUUUGAUAACAAUUUUACCUGUUGCCCUAUUAUUCCUGCCUUGAAUAUUUUUCCAAGAAAACAUAGGAAAACUAUAUAUGCAUCUUGUAUAAUAAUGACGCGUAGCAGAAAACAAGUUCUUGAA